UAUAUCCCCACUGUUCGGCCAGCAGCUCCCAGCGUUGCUUUGCGUCGGCCGACGGGUAACCAGCCGUGGGGUCACCAGAUAAAUUAUGUCAAACGGAGUGGUGUUACGAACGUGAACGAUUAUCAAAAUUCGUGGUGUUCAUAUACGAUAGUAUUGUCAAGUGUGCGGUUGUAUACGGUAUCAAUGUGGUGUCUAUGUAACUCGCAAAGUGACUGUCUCAUAGACUUCCGUUAAAUUAGUGUUUAACUUUGAAUGAUCGUCCGGGAACGUGUAUACUCGUAUUGUCUUUUUGUACAAAUGCACGCAUCUGUACUUAUUUAUUCGAAAAAGUCAUGCUGACCCUGCAACAUCAAUUGGAGCAGACAAUCGCCCGAAAAUGGGGUUGAAAAGACGUCGUAACAAAGCAGAACACCCACGAAGUGAUUAAUUCGAGUUAGCAGUAGGGUGUGCAAAAGAAAAUGAUGACUGCCAUGGCCAGGUUGCCUUGCAAGCAAACUUCGCCUUCGCAGCAACCGCGGGUCAAUAAUUUUGGAAACAGUCGAAAUCCCUAUUGGGAGAUGCAAACUAGGCAUCCUGCUCCUCCUUAUGUCAGAAAUCAUCAUCGGCACACUGAUCAUACAGGGAAGCGGAAGAGCGCGGUGGAGCUGCUCCAGGAGACGAAGGCCUUGUACGUGAAGAGCGAGACGGUGCUGGACCGGAAGCAGGAGCUGAAGAACAGCGGACAUCUUCAGGUUUCGCAGUUGAACGCAGCCAGUGCACCACCCAGAUUGCUGAGAAAAUGCGCCAACACCUCGACCUGUUCCAUGCAGCCGACGUCCCCGUCGCAGCUGCCACCUGCUUCGUUGACGCCGCCAUGUUGUUGGGCAUCUUGCCACGAACAGGAUAAGCCUAACGUCAAAAGAAGAGAACACCGAAUGCAGUGUUUCAUGCGUGAAAUAUGGCUACACUGCGAAUGCGCUGAUUAUGUCUCCGGAAGUAACACCUCUGACUACUACGGGAUACUGAGUCCUCAACAAACACUGCCACCCGCGCUGCCACCGAAGAGUCCACGCCUGGUUCCCGUUCCGCAGAGGCGCACGAUUUCAGGGCCGCCGAGCAGCACCGGUGGAGAUCAGCUGCAGACGAAAUUACGUCGAUUGCUAAACACCGACAGCAAAGAGAACGUUUUCUUUCCAGACAGCCCGACGCAGACUGUCGUGCAAUCGAACGGUGUUCCUCAGGAAGAGAAAUUCCGAUACUCGCCUGGUAGCUUGUCGCCCAAUUUUCGCGAUGAGGACCGUGGAAAGCACUGUUUGCAGCAGGAUGCUCGCUUCAAGUUUGGCCGUAGUAAUUCGCAUUCGCACACUUCUGGAAGGGCUGCAAGGAAGUCGACCAGCUCGCAAUCGGUGGAGAACACAGUCUGUCACAAAUCUUUGCCUGACCUCCAUACGAGCACGCGACGAAGAGCGUCUCUGUCGCCACGUGCAUCGACCAACUCAUCCAAGCCACCCGGACAUCAUCAAUCCACGAACAAUUGCCCGGAUUGUGAAACUAGCUCAGAUUAUUCGGAGCACAGUUUUAAACGAGAUGCGGUUUGCUAUCGCAGGUGCUUGAAACAUUUUGACAUCUCCAGACACAUCAGACGUUCCUUCGGUUCAGGCGGUGGCGAUGCCAGUAGCGUAUUAUCCUCGGGUGGUCGAACACAAAAAUCGUCAGGUUCUAGCAAACUAAGCCACGGAGCAACAGCAAGAGAUUCAGGUGGUUCGUCAGGGCAUUGUACACAUCGUAGCGAACCGCCUCCAGUAAUACAAGAUUGCUGGAGUCAUAUACGCCGUGACAGUGGUGCAUCUACUCAACACUCGACGGAAAAAGAUCGUUCAAGAAGAGGUAGUUACGCUAACGGUACACCACCAUCUGUUGUAAGACGCUAUAGUCCCGAUUCGGAGAGCAGUAACAGCCAAACGGAUUAUAGUCCCACGUGUAAUUCAAGGUUUUCCGAUGGUUGGAAAGAAGGUCGUGGUCGACCAAUUUUAAGAUCUAAAUCAGAUAUUAGUGAUCGCUAUUGGCGUCAAGAUAAUGGUCGAUCCAACAAAGUACCUGCCCGACCUCCUCGGUCAAUUACUCAGCUGGAGAGUUUCUUCGAUUGUUUGGGCCUCGAUUCGGAUAAUUUUCACCGCAUCACGGAGCCAGAUUCGAAGACGUCGUCUCCCGUAUUUUUUGAUAGCGUUAGCUCGGUUGAUUCAGCCCUUGGUCUUUACUCUUGGGCUGGGAACAAUCAAACAAAUCAGGGUAGUCAAUGGCAAAACAAUGAUUGUAGCGUUGGCAUGGGCAACGACGAUUGCAACCAAAGGGCCAGCGACCCGCCAAGCAUUGUCGAGCGUAAUGCUCGAAUAAUCAAAUGGCUUUGUCAGUGUCGAAAAGUACAGUUUGGGUACAGUUAAACAACGAGUUUAGAGAAAUGACAAUCGAUUUCCUUUUGUUUUUUAAUUUCAGUAGCAUGCGUUUGAGUCAACGAAGGUAUACUGUUCUUUCAUCUUGCCAACUGAUAAUCUGUACACGUUGCAGAACAUUUUUGCUUUACUCUUAAGUUCGCUAAAAUCGAGACGGAGUUUCUUGCUUUUCAUUUCCAGUUACUAGUGCUGCAACAAGUAGCAUCUUAAUUUAUAGUUUCUUUUUCUUUUUUUUUUACUUCAGAUGAACAGAUGUGCCAUCUACUUUUAUAACUUGUUAUUGCAUUCGCGUUGUGUCUUCGCUAUCGAAUUGUCACCGAUACAUUUCGAUGUGACGUUCUAUUUUAAUCGAUGCGCCCGCGUCAAAAUUUGUACAUACAAUUAGUAGAAAGUAGAAAUUAUGGAAUAUUUUCAUACCUAUAGUCGUAUAACUUUUUGCUUGUUCGAACAGUUUUAUUUUUAGCAGAUAAAUUUAUUGUCGUACGUUAAUUCGAUUGAAUUUACAACGAACCUGUGGUACGUGUUUUGUAUCACAGUUUUGUCGUUUAUUAGUUUAAAAAGUUAUGUAUGAAAAUUGUAAAAUUUAUUGCGAUGUUUUGACUUCCAAAUUGUAAAUUAAUCGUUUCUAAAUUGGAUUGUUACAAUGUUUCUCGGUACAACGUUCUUGGAUAAAUUGCAUUUACAUUAGUUUUUUGUACUAAAACGACAGAUUUAUUUUUUUCUUGAUCCCUCAUUUUCCCUGACACGGAUUUUAAGCACUAAUUGAUGUGUUACUAUUCAACGAGUGAUUUGAUACUGAAUGAUAACUGAACGUAUGGUUCGCUUUCUUUGAUUAAGUAGGAAUUGACAGGAGGGUAUUAAGAUUGUAUCAAAAGACGGAAUUUUGUUUUCCAAUAAUGCAGAAUACUUGCUGUGUUUUCGAUAGAAUUAUUACCAUAGUAGCGUUAGUUCGAAUUCAUGAAUGUUUUUUGCCACGUAUAGUGAUUGUAUUAAUCGGUAUUCAGCUGUACUGUAGACAUACAAAUGUUAUUGGUACAAAGCAGAACAAGAUGUGAUUUACUAAAUUUCUAAGGAUUUUUCUCUGUAACAAUUUUCACGAAUGGAAUUUAUAUAAGGAAUUUAAUGAAUUCUUCAUAUUAACGUUUUUAUAUCCUAUAACUCUUGUUAAGUCUGAUUGCGUUGCAUUGUUACAAUCUUAAUUUGUAUUAUACUGAAAAAUUUGUGAAGUUUUAAAAC